GGGAGGCGGGGAACUGCGCAUGACUGAAGGGAGGGGCCGCUGCGGGGGCGGGGCGUCACAGGUGUUUGGGGAGCGCUCUGCCUGGCCGACAGGAUGGCGGGCAGGGGUAAACUAAUCGCCGUGAUUGGAGACGAGGACACGGUGACUGGUUUCCUGUUGGGCGGCAUAGGGGAGCUUAACAAGAACCGCCACCCUAAUUUCCUGGUAGUGGAGAAGGAUACCACCAUCAAUGAGAUCGAAGACACUUUCAGGCAGUUUCUAAACAGGGAUGACAUUGGCAUCAUUCUCAUCAACCAGUACAUCGCAGAGAUGGUUCGGCAUGCCCUUGAUGCCCACCAAAGGUCCAUUCCAGCUGUCCUGGAGAUCCCGUCCAAGGAGCACCCCUAUGAUGCAGCUAAAGACUCCAUCCUGCGCAGGGCCAAGGGCAUGUUCACCGCUGAAGACCUGCGCUAGGGCUUCUCAGCCCUCAACCCUCCUCUCACUAGCAGGCCUCUCCCUGUUUGCCAUCCUCUAAGUUUCAAGCCUUGGUUUCCAGCCCCUCCCUUCCUCUUCACUGAGUGGCUCGUAAGCUGUUGGGUUCUGUUGUUCAGGUCUAGGCUGGGUAGGGAAAGAAAGCCCGACCAUCUCUCCACUACCUCCUCCCUGUGCUGUUAAGCAGUAUCGUUGUUAUUAAAGGAAUAUUCUCUCCAAA